AUGUCGUUCGCCGGCGUAUCUGUCAUUGCUGACGGCAGGCUGCGGCAGCCGUGGGCCGUCUACCCCGGCACGGCCAGCCGCAGCGGGUACCACCUCCUCGUGGUUGAAGGCCACCGUUGGGUCCUCGACAUCUACCCGAACGGCAAGUACCCGGAGAGCGCCGGUUCUAUAUCCAUUUUUCUCGUCUUGUUGGAUGAGCAGCAAAUUGCACGGCCCGUGAAGGUCUGUUUCGACUUCAGUUUCAUCGACGAGGUUGAGGUGCAAGCGCCGGCGUGUGUUCGUGCCACCGAGGUGUGCGAGUUCUCUACCGACGCCAGUUGUAUUGGUCACUCGAGUUUGAUCACGAGAGAAGACCUUGAGAUGUCGGGGCAUCUAAAGGAUGAUUGUUUCGCCAUCCGGUGUGACAUCGUCAUCGCGGACCCCCUUGCUCCCUUCAUCGAGGUUCCGCCGUCCAACAUGCGCCGGCACUUCAACAAGCUCCUUGAAACCAAGGUGGGUACCGACGUGACGUUCAUGGUUGAUGGUGAGACAUUCGUUGCACAUCGGUGCGUUCUCGCAGCCCGGUCUGCCGUCUUUAUGGCUGAGCUCUUUGGCUCCAUGGAGGAGGGAAUGACGGAUAAUGUCAUACAGAUAAAAGACAUGGAAUCAUCAAUAUUCAAAGCCUUGCUUCGCUUCAUUUACACAGACUCGUGGCCUAAGAUGGAGGAGGUACCCAGCAGCAUGGAGGUGGAAGGAGACGUGCAGGAAAUUACGUGGUUGCAACAAUUGCUUGUUGCGGCCGAUAGAUAUGAUCUUCAGCGGCUCAAGUCAAUGUGCGAAGAGCAGUUGGCUGGACACAUAGGUUUAUGCUCGGUGACGACCAUUCUUUCUCUAGCUCAGCAGCAACAUUGCUCCGAACUGAAGGAGGCCUGCUUGGAGUUUCUCAAUGUCCAAUCUGCUACUGCUUUGCAGGGAGUAAUGUCGACACGUGACUGGGAGCAUAUGUCUACAACUUAUCCAUGUGUUCUCAACAAGCUCAUUGCCAAGCUCGCUUCCAGAGUGUAA